AUGACCAGGCCAUCUAAAAAACAUAUAAUCUCUCCUGAUGCCUAUAGCACCUGCAAAAGAUCUAAAUCAGUCACUAAAGCGAAUAAUGUGAAACCUUAUAAACACACUGAUCAGUCUGCAUCCUACUCUGAUCUUCCCUCAGCCACACUUAACGUGCACCGUUUACUUGGACAAGACAUAUUACUACCUUGCAUCUCGCUUGUCGAUAUAAAUAAAAGCAGUCACAUACCGUUAGAGUCGACAUCAUUUGUCAGUCCAAACAAAAACACCACAUGUUGUGAGCAGUAUUUAGACAGUGCUGUUGAUCCCAAACACCCAGCAAUCUCACAAUCGGCCAUCCUGAGUAGCGGCCCACGGAGUACAUGUAAGCCUGCCUACAAUAGCCAGCCCGGUGAUGUAGAUCUUGACUACUCACCCAGACAUAUACCCCAUCCCCCAACUAAGUGUGCACAAAGUGAACAUCCGCUAGACACCUGCAACAGGCCUGUAUGUAACCAUAUCGACCUUAGAAACUUUGAUAUAAACUCCGAUAAUCUCACCACUGGUAGACCUAAAAGCAGCCAAACAGAACUUAGCCUCACCCAAACUAUUCAAGACCUAUUACCGUACAAAUAUUUAAUCAGUGUUCCAGAAAAUCCCGAUCUGGAAAUUAUAAAAAACACUGAAAAAGUAAUUGACCAUAUAUCAUCUGAAGUGUUGAAAAGACUUCAGUGUAUGCAGAAUGUUAUUGUGUAUAAUAUACCUGAUAGUACGAACAUAAAGACUGCUAAAAAUACUCUGCUACAAGAAUGUGGAUUGUCGCAAUCUUGGUGUGUAACAAGAAGAUUACGUAAGGCACACACUAAAGCCUCCUGUCCCAUUCUAUUUCAGUUUGGUAGCACCACUGAAGCUAAUCACCUCCUCAAUAGUCAGUCAUUACUGAGGCGUAUUCCAACAUUUAAAAAGAUUAGGAUCAUUCAUGACAGGACCGCUAUCCAGCGUCGAAUCUGCAAUGGAACACAAACUGAUCAACCCAGCUUACGUAGCCGUGGCAGCUACAGCUCUUGUCACUGCACAAACCCUAAAAUAUCAUACACUGCCCCCCCAAAAAACGGAGGCACGUCGGACACUGCUAUUAGUCCUAAGGACAAGACCGCACAUAAAGCAGCUACAACCACUCACCCUCAGCCCAGACACUCAGCUACCCCACAAUGCCAAACCACUUAUGCCUCAAUAGCGUCCAAAUAUUACCCUAGCGGCCCUUAUAAAAUGCCUAAAAAUGAUCCUCCCAGGGAUCGCGCUAACAGCUACAGACCCGCGGACACCGCUGUGCGAAAAAAUACCAAACUCUCCGUAAAAACCCACCAAUACUCCAGCACCCCAAACCAAAAACAUGCACCUUCUCAUAGUAAUAGAAUGCCCUACAACAAACAUAGAGAACUGGCAACACCCACUCAUCCUAAUGUGAAACGACACUUGACAAGAACCACACCCACACGUGAUACCCAUAAGUCAUAUGGUGUCAACCUUGUAAGCCCCAUGAACCAACACAAAACUAUACACAACAGAAACACCUCUCCUGGCAACAAUAACAGGCAUUCCUUCAUCCCUUACCAGAAACAUACAACCUCCCCAACUGACCACAAUAGGACUAAAAUUGCCCACCGCACACGAGGAAGCCAUAACGCUGGCCUACUUGGGAACCCACCUACAGAUUCUAGGUACUAUCCAAAUCAAGCCACCCAAUACAACGGUUUAGUCCCCCCUAAUUCGACAUGCACACUAUCUCAUCCUUUUUUAUCUCUCUCCCCCUCAACAUUACUGCUAUGGGGUCUCCAAAUGUUGAGGGCGACAAUCCCACUAUUCUGAAACCAUCUAUAUACUCCGAUUUAAUGGGGAGUAGCACAUCCUACUCAACUUCGAUAACUGUCUCUAGUCUUGAAAACUCCUUGACUGAACCCCCUGAUCAUUCCCCGGACACAUUACCUAAUCAUUCGACUCUACCUUCCACUCUUAGACAUACUUCUUUCACCAAAACCACACCCGACUACCCUUCUUGCAUUAACCCUAAUGGUAACAAACUAAACACUCAUCAAUAUGGAGUCAACGCUCCCAAUUCUUCCUUUUCUCAGGGCAAAACAGACAAACCACUCGGUUUACAUCAUACCCUUCUACUAGACAAACAGUCACCGUACCUGACACUUAUGUUAAUCAACGCUAGAUCUGUACAAAGUAAGAUGACUUACCUACGCACCCUAUUGCUUUUAAACAACCCCUCACUUGUUUUGAUAACGGAAAGUUGGCUGUCCUCCGAUACCACAGACACAUUUCUACAAAUAGACACCUAUGAGCUCUUCCGCUGUGAUCGAGUCACCAAGAAGGGUGGUGGUUGUCUCGUCUAUGUAUCAAAAAAUUUGAGAGCGGAAACCUAUAGCGACCACGUCCUCAGCAAACUUCCUGAAUCGAUAUGGCUUACUGUGCACACUCAUGAAUGUAAAAUACUAAUCGGAUGCAUAUAUCGAGCUCCUAACACUCCUAGUUCAACUGACACUAUUAUAAGUGAGUCAUUUGCUCAGGCUGCCUCGCUUGACUUCACAUACAAAAUUGUAUGUGGUGAUUUCAACCUUCCCACCAUCAACUGGAAGACACAUUCUGGCCCAUUGUGCUUUGAAAGCAUACUUAGGUCCUUAGACAUACACGGCUGGCAACAACAUGUACACCUGCCUACACGAAAUCACAACAUUCUUGACUUGAUAUUCUGUCAUAGUGUCACACCAACAUCAAUGGUGGUUAGCGAAAAGUUUCACAACAGCGAUCAUAAAAUAGUCCUCUGCACCCUUCCGAUUCUUGCCAUAUGCAACAAAUUAAAGACAUUAAAAACGCGAUUCCAAUACAGAGACUAUGCAAACGCUGACUGGGAAAACUUUCGAUUUCUAAUAAAGCACUCUGACUGGGGCAGUUUCUUUACCAGUAAUAACCUCUUAGAAACAUUAGAAAUAUUCAAUAUCACCACCAAAUCUGCACUAGACACCACUAUACCCUCUAAAAUUGGUUUUAAAACAGUUACUCCCUAUAUAAACCAAAAGACUAGGUCUAAACUGAGAAAACUGAAAAGGAUGUACUAUAUAUCAAAAGACUUCAGUGCCCUGCACCAGAUAUACUCUGUACUUGACGGAGUACAAAGUCAACACAACAAGCAUAAACAGGUAGAGGAACGUACUGCGCUCGCUGCUGCAUCUAAAGCCCAAGCCCUAUGUCGUCUCCUCACGAAACGCAUAAGAAAGAACACAGACAACAACAUUCACUCCUUACUGCACGAUGGAGUAACGUAUAAUGACCAAACCGUCAUAUGUGAACUAUUAAGUGAAUGGUUUUCUCACAAUGGGAAUACAUCUGAUGCCCCAGAUAUCGACAUAAAGUGCACCGGCAAAAACUAUCUUAGUACCAUAAACUUCGACAUUACGAGUAUACAUACCGCCAUUAAAACCCUUAAACCAAAUGCGAGUUCUGGUGCCGAUGACAUCCCUUCAAUCGUUUAUAAAAUGUCAGGGCCGGACAUACAGACGCUACUACUCAAAAUAUACACAUUAUCUUUAGAGACAGGUACAUAUCCGGAAACCUGGAAGGUAACGUAUGUUCUACCCAAACACAAAUCCGGACCGAGAAACCUGGUUGAAAACUACAGACCUAUAAAUAUCACUCCAGUCAUAUCACGCAUAAUGGAAAAAGUGAUACAAAAUCAACUAUCUGAUCACCUACUCAAGGAAGACCUGAUAGACCCGUCACAACACGGCUUCAUUAGAACAAGGUCGUGCAGUACAUGCCUGAUAGACUUCUUUAACGAGGUUACUCGUAUGCGUGACCAGAAGAAACUAGUUAUUAUACUAUACUUCGAUAUUAAGAAAGCCUUUGAUAAA